AUGAGUUUACUGUCCAGAUCUGCACUCAAAAGUUUUUUAUUUAAAAAUAUACAUUUACGACUGUUCACAAUGAACGUUGAUACGGGAAGUAAUGACCAUUGGAGAGGUGUGCCUUUAACUGAGCUGUACGGAUCGCAGUCCCCAUGGGGUGCUCCAGAGUUUCCACUAGUGGCUCCGUCGUAUAAUCACGCAGUGUUGUAUCAUGUGCCCAGCAGCGGAUGCGUGGCGGGUGAUAGGCCACCCAAACCACAGAUUGGACAAGAUAAAUGGGAUUCUGAACAUGUUAGAAUGCCAUGUUCAAGUCAUAGUUUGUACCCUGUAGAGGAUAGUGCUGGUGAGAGUCACUUAAAGCGGAGAUGGGAAAUGAUAGAAAAUGCUCUAUCUAAGCCACUGCGAAAUAGCCAUGACCUCUCCAAUGCCAUAAUCAGUUAUAAUACCAAGUUCAGGAACAUUUGGAAGUUUAAGGGAUUGCAUAAAUUCUUUGAUGAGUAUUUAGAGGAAGAAGAAUCACAAUACUUCUUUGAUGUAACCUUGCCAGAGGUUGCUAAACUGGCUCUAUCACUCCCUAAAUUGGUGCAGGCGCCAAUACCUUUACUUAAGCAAAACAAGAACCGUUCUAUUUCUCUGUCACAACAGCAGAUAGCAUGCUUGCUUGCUAAUGCAUUUUUCUCCACAUUUCCCAGAAGAAAUUCCAGGAAGUCUAAUUCAGAAUAUGCUUCGUAUCCAUAUAUUAAUUUCAAUACGUACUCGCUGUAUGAGGCCACGGAUUCUGACGCCAACUUGGAGAAACUAAAGUGCAUUUGUCAUUACUUCAGGAGAGUUGUUACUAAAGUGCCGGUCGGGACGGUGACGUACAGGCGGCGCGCGGGGGGUGCUCGCGCGGGGGCGGGGUGGGCGCGCUCGCGCCGCGCGCUGCACCACGUGCCGCUGCACGUCGACUCGCGACACACCAUCGAAGAUGCCGACGGACUCAUACAGGUCGACUUCGCUAACAAGUUCCUAGGUGGCGGCGUUCUCGGUCACGGCUGCGUACAAGAGGAGAUCCGUUUUGUGAUCUGUCCAGAACUGUUACUCUCGAUGCUCUUCACCGAAGAGCUGAAGGCUAACGAAGCUCUCAUAAUUAUCGGUGCGGAGCGGUACAGCGAGUACUCGGGGUACGGCGGCUCGUUCAAGUGGCGCGGGUCGUUCGGCGACGAGACGCCGCGCGACACGUCGGCGCGCCGGCGCUGCGCCGUGCUGGCCGUGGACGCGCUGCCCUACACCAGCCUGCUGCGGGAGUUCCGGAAGGACAACAUCACUAGAGAACUCAAUAAGGCAUGGAUAGGUUUCUCGUUCGACACGGACCCCCAGUCCAGCUCGCUGCAAUACCCCGGCGUGGCCACGGGCAACUGGGGCUGCGGGGCCUUCGGGGGCACUCCGCACCUCAAGAGCUUGCUGCAGCUCAUGGCCUGCGCCGAGGCUGGCAGACCUAUGGCCUACUACACCUUCAGCGAUGACACCUUGAGGGACGAUAUCAUCAAUAUGUACAAUCUACUCGCGAGGCACAAUGUUACUGUAGGUCAGCUGUACAAGCACAUAAUAAAUUUCUCCGAGAAUCGGCAGAACGUAGUCAAGGGUAAAUUGCACGCGUACUUAGAACAAGUUCUGAAAGGAGUCAAGCCUCCCUCACCUAGUCAUGAAGAUGAUAAAAUGGAGACAAGUGUUACAGAAACAAUACCAGAAACAGUUUUGGAACUUGAAAGUGGUCUUAAGGAUUCACCCGAUCUCUUCUCACAAGAUGAAAUGGAUCAAUGUUUAUUAGACACAGCAAUAAAAAUGGAGGAGGUGAACAGACAGACGGACAGUAUUACAGAGAAACAAUCGAACACACAAGUUAAUAACAAAGCUGAAGUAAGCAUUUGUAGAACUCGGCAGCCUACAUUCGACACUAAACGUAAAAUUGAAGAUAGUUCUAAUUCGUUGGUUUCGAAUAAAUUGCUUGCUACAAACAAGCAUACAAGCAGACAAGACAAUGAUCAAAGUGAAGAAAAUAAUUCAGAUAAUAUGCAAUCUUUGCUUGAUACUAUUCAGAGAAUGGAGGAAGGUACAAUGCCAUCUGCUGGUGUUACUGCAGAUAAACAAAACAGUAAAAAAGAUGACGAACAAACUUUAAAUACACGACAAUCUUUGUUUGACACUAUGCAAAAGAUGGAUGAAGAACCAAAUUCAACUGUUUCAAGUCCAUUGCUGGGAAAUCAGAGUAAGAAUGUUUCCAUAAAUGAUUCCAACUUGUCAAUGGAAUGUGGACAAAGGGAUCGGCCCACAAGUGAAAUGAAGAAGAAAACGACUAAGAAAAUUACAGACUAUUUUAGUAAGAAAUCUACUUGA